UUUGCUCUUUGGCCAUUUACAGAACUUCAUCCCAAAUGGUAAACAGAAAAUAUAAUACACCUUUUGUAAGUUUGAAAAGAGUGAACACCAAAUAACCAACACCUGCAGAUAAGAACUGUGGGUUACUGCUUGAGGUGUUCAUGGGGAGGGGGCUGAACAUUUGUUUUCUAAGUAUAAUAGAGGAGUAAGAGUGAGGGCGUCCUCAGACCAUCAAUGCAAAAAUGGAUAAGAAUACUGAAGGAACCCUGACCAUUGUAUUGCUGGUUUUAAUUCAAGGUGUUCUGGCCUCUGGUGCUGUGGAGGUCCAGCCCUCCAUCAACCCUGCUGUAGUCGGGACCUCUGUGACGCUGUCUCUGUCUCCUCCGACCGCUCUGAAAAGUGGAAGCUGGGCAGUGGGAGAGUCCCUCAUCCUCACCUGGCUGGGAGACCAGCAGGCAGCCUUCCCCGGUUACAGCGGCAGGGCGUCAGUCAAUGUCCUCACUGGAGCUCUUACCUUGAGCUCCGUCACGGUGGCAGACUCGGGAGUCUACAUGGUACAGAGCAGUGACACCCAGCUUAAGGCCAAUGCUUCCAUCACUGUUCUAGAGCCAAUCUCAAAUGUGACCCUGAGAGCCAAUCAAACUGAGCUGGUGGAAUUCUACAGUUCAGCCGUCGCUGCCUGCUCCGUCUCUUCUGGAUCCUCUCUCUAUUUCCUCUGGAUGAACGGCAGCUCUGAGGCUACAGCCAGUAACAGAGUUCAGCUCACUGAUAGAAACUCCACUCUCAUAAUAGUUAACGUGACCCGCUACGACCAGGGACCGUUCAGGUGUCUUGUUUCUAAUCCUGUCAGUAAUGGAACCAGUAAUCCAGUAAACUUUACUAUCAGCUAUGGUCCAGAUACCAUGGCGCUAACCGUGAACAAACAGAACACCACUUCGUUUCUCAUUGGUUCCAAUCUAACUAUGCUGUGUUCAGUACAGUCCAAUCCUCCAGCUCAGCUUAGGUGGGCUUUCAGAGGAGAGCAUGUGAACACUACAGGUCCUUUGUUGGACCUGUUCAAUGUCAGCGAGAACCAAAGCGGAGCAUAUUCCUGCCUGGCCUUCAACAAUCGAACCAAAAUGAACAGCAAUAUCACCGUACACAUCAUUAUAGCAAAGCCUUCACUGUCAGGAUCUGAACAACAGGUAGUCAAUCUGUGGCUCUUGCCACUGCUACUAGUUGUUGAAUCUCUUUUCUCACUGGCAGGCAAGUUGUAGAAUGUCUUUUAAAUAAAUAUACUUUUUUGUUAUUUUUACACUUCAAAAUCAUAUUCUCAUUUAUGGAUUG